CCAAUGUUAACAUUUUUUUUCCUUGACAAGGAUGAAAAGCUCUCCGAGACCAAUCUUAACAUUUGUCUCGAGCUUCUCCUGCACAAUGAUGAAAAGCUCUCUUUGUUUUCAAAGUGGGCACAAAUUAAAGACGUUGUGCAAUGCGUUUCAAAUGGGGUCGGUUAGUACCCGAAUACAACAGACCUACAUACAUAUUACAGAUAUGGAUCUUAGCGAGUUGUCAUUAUUGUCACAACCUUCUCAUAUAAGGAAUUGGUUUCCCAGCUAUGUUUCUGAAUUGCAAACAAGUGAUGAAGAUUGUUUGUCUCCUAUAGACAACUGUGAAUCUACAAAUGUUACAGACUUACCACCGUAUACAUCAAAGGUUAAAGAUAGAUUUCAGCUGCAGGAUUUCGGUGAUGACACUCACUUGGAAGAAGACAAAAUAUCCAGUACUUCUCUAGAAACUAUGAGGAAGGAAGAGUCUGCACAAAGAAGCAAUGAUGGUGAAAUCAUUGCCUUAAGGAACAGUGUGAAAUAUCUAGAAACGGUUGUGGAAAAUUUGCAUCACCAUAUCAUUCGUUUAGUUGCUAACAAUGGCAAGAAAAAAAUGUAAUGAUAUAAGUUUAUAAGUAUUUUCAUAUUUUCUGUAAUGACUUAUGUAAUUGGUGAUGACACUUAUGAUGUUAGAUUAUCAUUGAUAUAAGUUUUUAAAUAUUUUCAUAUUUUCUGUAGUGACUUAUGUAAUAUUAUG